UCCAUUCAUUAAUAUAAACGAAGAAGACAGAAAUGAUGCAGCUUCUGACCCACUGCUCCCCGGUAACACUCUCAACCUAAAAUAAAGACUUAAAACUAUCAUGUUUAGCGUUGGUUAAAUAGUUAAGCAGUACACUACGCCAACAGAGGAGCACUCGUGUCCCCUAGAAAAGGGGACAUAAGAGCCAUGGCGACUGCACAGUCUGCUGUAACGUUUGCAGUGUGCGUCCUCAUGAUAACAGAGCUGAUACUCGCCAAGAAGGACUACUAUGAUAUACUGGGAGUGCCUAAAGAUGCCACUGAGCGACAGAUAAAAAAGGCUUUCCACAGGCUCGCAAUGAAAUAUCACCCAGACAAAAACAAGAGCCCAGACGCUGAAGUGAGAUUCAGGGAAAUUGCUGAAGCAUAUGAAACUUUAUCAGAUGAAACAAGAAGACUAGAAUAUGAGCAGUCUGGGGUCAACUCUGCAUACUUCACCAAGGAGACGCAGGGAAGACAUAGACAACCCUUCACCUUUAACUUUGAUGACAUUUUCAAGGACUUUGACAUCUACAGCCAGAACAGGCAUGCCCGUCACCGAAGACACUUUGAUGAACACUCCAGGUCCCACAAGGAGACCCAUAGCAGACACAAGAGACACUUUCAAGGAGGUUUUGGAGCAGGAAUCUUUGAUGAUAUGUUUGAUGACGUAGAGAGAAUGUUUACUUUUGAUGGACAUAACAAAAAGACUGAAAACCAAUUUCAUGGCGCAUCAAAACAACACUGUAGAACAGUGACGCAGCGCAGAGGAAACAUGGUAACUACAUACACAGACUGUACGGCAUCUUGAGAUGCAAUGCACGCUGACCUCUGAUUUAAAAAUUGCCUUAAGGGAAUACAGCACUGUUGUAUUGAUUAGGUUACGAAAAGCCACUUGGUUCAAAUGCUGUGAAAUGACAAACAGUGACCACUCCGUUUACUUAGAUUAGGUCUAAAUUCAAAUAAGCUAUGUUUUGUUAAAGCUAUUCCCGCUCAUGGACUUGUAUAUGAUUGUAGUAGUUUUUCACUUACUGUUGAAGUAAAGGUAAAGUAAAGUUGUCAGUAUUUUUAAGCACCUUCUCUAAUGUGGGAAUUCUUUGGGUUAACUGUUUGGGAAAAUAAAUCAAUCAUACUGAAUUUGGCACAGGAAUGCCCCUCUGUUAGUUAAUCUCUACUUCACUACUUCCACCCUGUUUUUGUACAGUUUUGCAUUCCUAUUGAAAAGGUUUGCCAUUGUGAGUUCCAAAACACAACUGAAGGUAGAAAACAAUAGCAGCCAGUGAAUUUUUGCUGAUGGUUGUCAAACGGGGUCACAGACAACAAAACUCUGUGACUCUCCACAUGUUGGCUGGUUUUACUGGUGCUUUUACUAUAUUCUGUUGAAAAAUUAAUAUACUCUACACUGCCAGUUGAAUUUUCUGAACUUCAUCAUUUUUCAUCAGUGCACAUGAUUUGUAAAUAUCUGUGGAGUAGAAAAUACAGUUAGGAAAGAGUAAAUGGAGAAAUGUGUGCUCAGAUUGUGGAGGAAGUCGGAAUAGCAUUUCAGUUAAUAGAGAAGUCUAAUGUCCUUUUUGUGGUAUUUUGUGUACCUCAGAGUGGCAUAGUACAUCUAGAUUGAAGCCAAAAAAAAGUCAAAACAAUUGCUUAAUUUGGAAUCAGAUUGACUUAUUAUUUCUAAAAUUUACAAUUGCUUCCAAUUUAACCAGAUAUUUCAAAAUAUGUAUUUAAAAACAUCUGACUGGCAUGUCAGGUAAACUCUUCAAGAAUGUAUAUGUUAAGUUAAAUUGCAGAGGGUGUACUGUAAGAACUAUUUCCUAGUCAUUUGUAAGAAUACUGCAGUACUAUCCUGUUGUAUUUAUUACUUUUUAAGUGCAUACACUCAUCAAUGUUCAUGUCAUACCUGUUACCUCAUACCUUUAAACUUGUUAUAGUGAUGUGCCCCUUUAAUGCCGAUCGUGCAAUAUUUGAUUAUAUUGACAGAGUUGUACAUAGUCAAUGGCACUUAAUUUGUAUGGGUUAAACCUGUUUCUAGAAAUAAACAAGUAGAGACCAAACUGA